AUGAGCGUCGCCACUAGACGUCGUUCGUCAGUCAUCAGGCUCGACAUCCCCUACGAACACCACGCACCCGACCCGCUCCCCAAGCUCCUUAUCCCCCGCCCCAACGCCCCACCACCCCACGACAACUCCCUCCAUCCGUACACGCACCUUCUCUCCGACCACCUCGCCUUCCGGCAGGCCGCCGAGCCCUGGCGCCCAGACCUCCCCGCAGCAGCACAGCAAGACCUCCACGCGAUCGAGACGGCGUUCCCCGCUCUCCGGCACGCGCGCUCCGUCCGCGCCAUGGCGGCAUGGUUCGCCGCGCUCUGCACAGUGGACGACCUCGUCGAGGAGCUCGACGCAGGCAGCACGCUUGCAGCGCUGCAACAAGACGACAUCCCGGGCGCCCCGCCAUGCGGCAACGACAGCGAAGGCACCGUGUCCCGCGUCCGGCACAUCACGCGCGCGCUCGAUGCGCACUGGGGCGCGCUCUGGCCCCGCAGCAGCAGCACAGCGCGGCUCCGCGCCGCGGUGCGCGAGACCUGGGCGGCCAUCGCGGCGGAAGCGCCGUUCCGGUGCGCGGGGGGCACGGCCGCUCUCACACCCGCCGCGUACAUGGCGCUGCGGAGGCGGACGAUCGGGAUCGCGCCGCUGGUGGAGGUGCUGGUGCUGGACGCGCAGGAGCAGCAGCAGCAGCAGCAACCGCACGCACACACCUUCACCGAAAGCGCAGAAACCAAUCCCGCUGACACAGAGCUGAAGCGCGAGCUCAGCCCCGCGCUGCUCGCGCUGCGGCUGCGGGGAUGGAGGAGGGGGGAUGGGAGGGCGUGGAGGUCGUCGUGGCGGAGGCGGUGGUCGGGUUCGUCGGGACGCAUUUUUGGUGGGCGAGGGGCGCGGGGCGGUAUGCGGUUGAGGUUGUGGUGGGGGAGGCGGGCGUGGAUGCGUAGGUAG